ACCCAGCGCUGGAUGCUGAUUGGGUGUAUCCUCAGAGGCCGGACUCCGCCUGCGGGGUGAAGAAGGGGAGGCGGGAAACAGUGUAGUGGGUGCGGGGUCGUGCGGCUCUCUCAACCAGGUGGUGGAGUAAGGUUUUGAAAUGGCGGUGCAGCCGAAGGAGACGCUGCAGCUGGAGAGCGCGGCCGAGGUCGGCUUCGUGCGCUUCUUCCAGGGCAUGCCGGAGAAACCAACCACCACGGUGCGCCUCUUUGACCGAGGCGACUUCUACACAGCUCACGGCGAGGACGCGCUGCUGGCCGCCCGGGAGGUGUUCAAGACCCAGGGCGUGAUCAAGUACAUGGGGCCCGCAGGAGCAAAGAAUCUACAGAGUGUUGUGCUUAGUAAAAUGAAUUUUGAAUCUUUUGUGAAAGAUCUCCUUCUGGUUCGCCAGUACAGAGUUGAAGUUUAUAAGAAUAGAGCUGGAAAUAAGGCAUCCAAGGAGAAUGACUGGUAUUUGGCAUUUAAGGCUUCUCCCGGCAAUCUAUCUCAAUUUGAAGACAUUCUCUUUGGUAACAAUGAUAUGUCUGCUUCCAUUGGUGUUGUGGGUGUUAAAAUAUCCACAGUCGAUGGCCAGAGGCAGGUUGGAGUUGGGUAUGUUGAUUCUAUACAGAGGAAGCUAGGACUGUGUGAGUUCCCUGACAACGAUCAGUUCUCCAAUCUUGAGGCACUCCUGAUUCAGAUUGGACCAAAGGAAUGUGUUUUACCAGGAGGAGAGACAGCUGGAGAGAUGGGGAAACUAAGACAGGUUAUUCAGAGGGGAGGAAUUCUGAUAACAGAAAGAAAGAAAGCUGACUUUUCCACAAAGGACAUUUAUCAGGACCUCAACCGGUUGUUGAAAGGUAAAAAAGGAGAACAGAUGAAUAGUACUGUUUUGCCUGAAAUGGAGAAUCAGGUUGCAGUUUCAUCAUUGUCUGCAGUAAUCAAGUUUUUAGAACUCUUAUCUGAUGAUUCAAAUUUUGGACAGUUUGAACUUACUACUUUUGACUUCAGCCAGUACAUGAAAUUGGAUAUGGCAGCAGUCAGAGCCCUUAACCUUUUCCAGGGUUCUGUUGAAGAUACCAGUGGCUCUCAGUCUCUGGCUGCAUUGCUGAAUAAAUGCAAAACCCCUCAAGGACAAAGACUAGUUAACCAGUGGAUCAAGCAGCCUCUCAUGGAUAAGAACAGAAUAGAAGAGAGAUUAAAUUUAGUGGAAGCAUUCGUGGAAGAUGCAGAGUUGAGGCAGAGUUUACAAGAAGAUUUACUUCGUCGCUUCCCAGAUCUUAACCGACUUGCUAAGAAAUUUCAAAGACAAGCUGCAAACUUACAAGAUUGUUACCGACUCUAUCAGGGUAUAAAUCAACUCCCUAAUGUUAUACAGGCUCUGGAAAAAUAUGAAGAAAACCAUGAAUUCCUUGUUAAACCUUCAUUUGAUCCUAAUCUGAGUGAAUUAAGAGAAAUAAUGAAUGACUUGGAAAAGAAGAUGCAGUCAACAUUAAUAAGUGCUGCCAGAGAUCUUGGCUUGGAACCUGGCAAACAGAUUAAACUGGAUUCCAGUGCGCAGUUUGGAUAUUAUUUUCGUGUAACCUGUAAGGAAGAAAAAGUCCUUCGUAACAAUAAAAACUUUAGUACGGUAGACAUCCAGAAGAACGGUGUUAAAUUUACCAACAGUAAAUUGACUUCUCUCAACGAAGAAUAUACCAAAAAUAAAACUGAGUAUGAAGAAGCCCAGGAUGCCAUCGUUAAAGAAAUUGUCAAUAUUUCCUCAGGCUAUGUAGAACCAAUGCAAACGCUCAAUGAUGUUUUAGCGCAGCUAGAUGCUGUUGUCAGCUUUGCUCAUGCAUCAAAUGGAGCACCUGUUCCCUAUGUACGACCAGUCAUUUUGGAGAAAGGACGGAGGAGAAUUAUAUUGAAAGCAUCCAGACAUCCUUGCGUUGAGGUUCAAGAUGAAGUUGCGUUUAUUCCUAAUGAUAUAUACUUCGAAAAAGAUAAACAGAUGUUCCACAUCAUUACUGGCCCCAAUAUGGGAGGUAAAUCAACAUAUAUUCGCCAGACGGGGGUGAUAGUACUCAUGGCUCAAAUUGGGUGUUUUGUGCCGUGCGAGUCAGCAGAAGUGUCAAUUGUGGACUGCAUCUUGGCCCGGGUAGGGGCUGGUGACAGUCAAUUGAAAGGAGUCUCUACAUUCAUGGCUGAAAUGUUGGAAACUGCUUCUAUCCUCAGGUCUGCAACCCAAGAUUCAUUAAUAAUCAUAGAUGAAUUGGGAAGAGGAACUUCUACCUAUGAUGGAUUUGGGUUAGCAUGGGCUAUAUCGGAUUACAUUGCAACAAAGAUUGGUGCUUUUUGCAUGUUUGCAACCCAUUUUCAUGAACUUACUGCCUUGGCCAAUCAGAUACCAACUGUUAAUAAUCUACAUGUCACAGCAUUAACCACUGAAGAGACCUUAACUAUGCUUUAUCAGGUAAAGAAAGGUGUCUGUGAUCAGAGUUUUGGGAUUCAUGUUGCAGAGCUUGCUAAUUUCCCUAGACAUGUAAUAGAAUGUGCUAAACAAAAAGCCCUGGAACUUGAGGAGUUUCAGAAUAUUGGAGGAUCACAAGGAUAUGAUGAAAUGGAACCAGCAGCAAAGAAGUGCUAUUUGGAAAGAGAGCAAGGUGAAAAAAUUAUUCAGGAGUUUCUGUCCAAGGUGAAACAAGUGCCCUUUACUGAAAUGUCGGAAGAAAACAUCACUAUAAAGUUAAAACAGCUGAAAGCUGAGGUGAUAGCAAAGAAUAAUAGUUUUGUAAAUGAAAUCAUUUCAAGAACCAAGGUUACUACCUGAGGAAAUCCCACCCAUGGAAUGAAGAAAAUAUUAAUAAGCUAUUGUCUAUAAUACUUUUGUAUUAUUUUAUAUUAACCCCUUUUCCAUAGUAUUAACUGUCAGUGCCCAUGGGAUAUCAACUUAACAAAAUAUUUAGUACUACUUUUCUGAGUACACUUCAUAGAUCUUUAUUUUAAAAAAUGAGAAUUGUAACUGAGGACUGUUUAAUGGACAUGGACUAUAAUAAGCAAUUUUAUAAAUAAAAUCAUGUAGUUUGUGGAAUUU